UUGGAGCUGGAACAAUUGAAAUAAAUCAAACACAGUACGUUCUCAAGCAAUGCCAUUGGCAUUCACCCUCAGAGCACAGUCUCGAUGGUUCAAGAUAUGACUUGGAGAUGCAUAUGGUCCAUCAAAGAUCAGAUGGACGAACAGCCGUAGUUGCAGUGAUCUAUAAAGUUGGGCUGCAAGAUCAUUUCCUAUUGAAGGUGACGGAUGCGAUUGAGGAUAUCACUGAUAAAACAGGGUCCGAAGUGAAAGUUGGAUUAGUGAACCCGGAAGAUGCCAUAGAUUUGGAGAGAGAACCAUACUAUAGAUACCUUGGCUCCCUCACUACUCCUCCCUGCGAUGAGGGAGUCAUGUGGACUGUUAUAAAAGAGGUGAAGACGUUCUCGAAAGAACAACUGGAAAAGCUGAGGGCUGCUGUUGAAGAUGGAUUCGAGAACAAUGCAAGGCCAAUACAACCCCUGAACCAGAGACAAUUAUACAUCUUCAACAAGGAGCGGUAG